UUUCAUACAGGAAUCGCCAUCUUGUAAGAGUUCCCAAACUUUCUUUAUUUUUGAUCGGUAUAAUUAUAAUAUUAUCGAAUAUUUUGCCUUUUGGUGUCUUUAGGAAGGAUUUCAUAACUUUUGCAAGCUAAAUUGGGAUAUUUCCACUGUAUUUAAUGGCGUAUUAUAACAUAGCAUAGUCUGUGCCUCUGACGAAGUUAUCCCAAGAUAUAGGUCAAACAGGGAGCCGCAAAUCCAGAUCGAGAGAGGACUCUUCUAUUUAGUAUACAAAGAAUGGUUACACCUAUAGUGUGGGGCCAGCACAGACGGACCACCUCAUGAGUUGUUCCCAGCCCCAACAAAAUGUUCCCCAUAGCAACCACAGCUUCAUGCAUCAUAACAGUAAUGCUGGAUUCACACUCCACCCUCCCCAGGAGCGAUCCUAUGUUAGCCGACCUGACCCAGGUCCAUCCUCGAGGUCAGAACUAAGCAGUCACAUGGCACACAGUAGCUAUGAGAACCCAAUGGACCUGUCCAGCAACAAACCAGGAAAUUCUGGUCGACAUGUAAAGGAAGAGGGUCAUCACCAUGGCUACAUGGCUGGUAUGGGAACCACCCCUGUAUCAGUUGGAAUUCCUGAACACCUUCAUGACCCCUCACAUAUUGUUGCUGGUUCUCUGACACCACCAGAAAAGAUCAAUGGAGACCCGUGUACCAUGGCAACUACCAGUCCCCUGAGCAUUGCCACGGUAACUCAGGCUAUCCCUGCACCACCCAGUCCCAUCUCCACUCCGUCCCCACUCUACGCCUCCAACAGCUUUGUGGAAAGAAACAAUUAUCAAGACCAGAGAUUGACAAAGGAGGCCAUGAGGAACUAUCUAAAGGAGAGGGGAGACCAAAUAUUAGUCAUAUUACACGCCAAAGUUGCACAAAAAUCAUAUGGAAAUGAAAAAAGGUUUUUCUGCCCACCCCCCUGUAUAUACCUCUUUGGGAGUGGCUGGAAGCGGAAAAAGGAAGCCAUAGAGGCGGAGGGGGGCACAGAACAAGACUCCACAACGUGUGCUUUCAUGGGGAUAGGGAACUCCGACCAAGAAAUGGUGCAGCUGAACUUGGAGGGGAAGAAUUAUUGUGCAGCAAAGACAUUAUAUAUCUCAGACUCUGACAAGAGGAAACAUUUUAUGUUGACUGUGAAAAUGUUCUUUGGGAAUGGUCAGGACAUUGGUGUAUUCAAUAGUAAACGGAUUAAAGUGAUAUCAAAACCUUCCAAGAAGAAACAGUCGCUGAAAAAUGCAGAUUUGUGUAUUGCGUCCGGAACAAAAGUGGCCCUGUUUAACCGACUUCGUUCCCAGACCGUCAGUACGCGAUACCUCCAUGUGGAGAACGGAAAUUUUCAUGCUAGCUCCACGCAGUGGGGAGCAUUUACCAUCCAUUUAUUGGAUGAUAACGAAGGGGAAUCGGAAGAGUUCACCGUGAGAGAUGGAUACAUUCACUACGGAUCCACCAUCAAACUUGUCUGUUCUGUCACUGGAAUGGCACUGCCAAGACUCAUCAUUCGUAAGGUGGACAAACAGACAGCCAUCUUGGAUGCUGAUGACCCUGUGUCCCAGCUCCACAAGUGUGCGUUCUACAUGAAGGACUCGGAAAGAAUGUACCUCUGCCUGUCACAGGAACGCAUCAUUCAGUUUCAGGCUACUCCAUGUCCCAAAGAGCCAAACAAAGAAAUGAUUAAUGAUGGAGCUUCAUGGACGAUAAUUAGCACGGACAAGGCAGAGUACACAUUUUUUGAGGGAAUGGGGCCAGUUAAGUCUCCUGUGUCACCAGUGCCUGUUGUCAACAGUUUACAUCUGAAUGGAGGGGGUGAUGUAGCAAUGUUGGAAUUGAAUGGUGAAUUUCUGGCUCCCAAUCUUAAGGUGUGGUUCGGUGAGGUGGAGGCAGAGACUAUGUUUAGAUGUGAGGAGAGCAUGUUUUGUGUAGUCCCAGACAUCUCUGCCUUCAGGGCUGGGUGGAGAUGGGUGCGGCAGCCAUUACAGGUUCCUGUCUUACUGGUCAGGAAUGAUGGGAUAAUUUACUCCACAGGUUUGACCUUCACCUACACCCCGGAGCCCGGACUUCGUGCCCAUUCUCGGGAAGUGGACCGGAUCUUAAGACCAGGUGUGUCAAGUCCAGACUCCACUUCCACGACAAACUUCAGCAAUCCUUUAUAGUGCCUUGUCCCACACUGGUCAUGUGACCAGGCAAACAAUUCAACAUGGUCAUGUGACCAGGCAAACAAAUCAACCUGGUCAUGUGACUAGACAAUUCAACCAAUCAUGUGAUAUUUUUUAUUUAGUGUCUGUGGUACAGAAUUAACAUUGUGCAUAAAAUCACAACUGCGACUCAACAAGAAUCUAUAUCUUUAGUCUCCUACAGAAUUUUACUGUAAUUCUGCCUUAACCUUUGUGUAUUUUGAAGUAGAGACAUUUUACAAGUACAUUUUUUUUUCAUAAUAGAUGAAAGAGAUCCAAAAGUGGUUAUAAAAAAUAUUAUCGUUUCAGGGUUUUUUUGUAAAUCUUGUUAUCAUAAGCAUUAUCUAACACUGCAGAGGCUGUAUCCUAUAUGUACAGAAGUUUAUGAUGUGUCUGUCAUGUACACUUUGUUAUAGAUAAGUUAGUCACCUGUACACAUUAAGUGCUUUAACUAUGCCAGCCUUCUAAUGUCUUAUGUGCUUUGAUGUUAAUAGUGCUUUCAAUUUGUUACCAUGAAACCAUGUCACAAAGUGACAAGUAUCAAACAUGUACCCCAAUCCCUCCCCCCCCCCCC